AUGUUUAAACGGUGGCUUUUGGCCCUGGUGGCCCGGCUCGGCCUCAUUGUGCUGGGCCUCUGCUGCUGUCUGUUCCUGUUCUACCUCCUUGCCUGUAAGCCUGUGUCUCACAGCAGCCAGCAACAUCUGCAUUGGUCUGCAGGAGCCACCAGUAAGGAGGGAUACAUGGCUUUGUUGCAGGAAAGAGAGGACUCUCACAGACAUUACAUCAACAGCCUGACCAAGCAGAUAGCCCAGCUGAAGGAUGCUCUGCAGGAAAGGAUGCAGCAACUUCAGGAGUCCCUGGAAAAGGCUAAAACAAGAGGGAUACUACCUCAGGGACUGGAGAGUUUGCACAAAACCCCAACACAGAUCGACAUGAAGGAGUUCCUACGCUCCCAGCUGAGCCAGGCCGAGGUGAACUCAGGUGUGAAGCUUCCCAGCGAGUAUGCAGUGAUUCCUUUCGACACUUUCACUCUGAGGAGGGUGUACCAGCUCGAAACGGGGUUGACAAGACACCCAGAGGAGAGGCCUGUGAGGAAAGAUCGCAGGGACGAGCUCAUAAGUACGCUGGAGACAGCUCUGCACGUCCUGAACGGGCCUCAGCAACGCGCAGACAACACAAGGCGGAAGCACACAUACUCCCCUGCAGACUUCAUUGAGGGGUUGACCCGUACUGAGCGGGACAGAGGAACUGUUUAUGAGCUGAUGUUUAAAGGCUACGGCCCGAAGGACUUCACACAGCUCAUCCUCUUCAGGCCGUUUGGUCCCGUGCUGAAGGUGAAGAGCGAGAGCGUGAACACGCGCAGCACGCUCAUCAACAUCAUUGUACCUCUGUCCAAGAGGCCGGAGGCAUUCAGGCAAUUCAUCAACAACUUCAGAGAAGUAUGCAUCCACAAGGACAGCAGGGUUCAUCUGACUGUGGUCUACUUUGGUCGAGAUCAGAUAGAUCAGGUGAAGGCAGUGCUGGAUCAGACCACCAGAGAAACUCGGUUCAGGGGCUUCACUUUGAUCCAGCUGAAUGAAGAGUUUUCUCGCGGUCGAGGGUUAGAUGUGGGCGCCCGGGCGUGGAGGCGCAGCCAGAACGCUCUGCUCUUCUUCUGUGAUGUUGACAUCCACUUCACCGCUGACUUCUUAACUUCUUGUCGUCUCAAUGCAGAACCUGGUAAGAGAGUGUACUAUCCAGUACUCUUCAGCCAGUACAACCCGUCUAUUAUAUACAGUAAUCAGAGUGCUUUACCCACAGUUCAACAACAACUGGUGAUAAAAAAGGAAACUGGAUUCUGGAGAGACUUUGGGUUUGGCAUGACAUGCCAGUACAGGUCUGAUUUCCUCAACAUAGGUGGUUUUGACCGCAGUAUCAAAGGCUGGGGGUUGGAGGACGUGCACCUUUACAGGAAGUACCUCCACAGUAAGCUAAUGGUGAUUCGCUCUCCAUCCCACGGCCUUUUCCACUUGUGGCACGAGAAGAACUGUGCGGAUGAGCUUCCUCCAGACAAAUACAAAAUGUGUAUGCAGACCAAAGCCAUAAACGAGGCCUCGCAUGGCCAGCUCGGGGAGCUUCUUUUCAAACCAGACAUUGAAGCUCAUUUGAGGAGGAAGAAGCCACACACACCAAUUUACAGGAAAAUCCUCUUAAUGGAAACCACUAUGGCAGCACUGAGUGACCCUGAGGCCUCAAAAGACAAUACUCUCUGUGGCCUUUAUCCCUUUAAAUGAUCAUUGAGGGCCUAAAAUCGAUUAGUGAACUGCAAGCGUUUUAUAUUCACUGCUGGUUUCUGUGCGUUUCACAAACAAAGUUUAUCUGUGGAGCCCACACUGCAGGCUUUAGCUGCUUCUUUCACAACACAACAGAAGACAGGCUUUGCACUUAACUAAAAGUAACAAACCUUCUGCCAAGGUUUCGGGUAAAUCCAACUUAAAACAGUUGAAUGACAAAACAAAAUACAGCAUGUUGGGUUUAUUUUAGAGAAGGUGGCUUUUUACAGUGUGAGCUUGUAUGAAAUGUGGUUUCUAGUGUAUAUUGGUCUGAUGUUGCCAUCAUGAAUGAAUGAAAUUCUUUUUGCCCAGAAUAUAAUGAGUGUCUGUGUGAGCUCUGCAAGCAGGCUUGUAGAGGUUCUGGCACGUGUGAACAAGAAAACCUGGGCUGUCAACUUCAGGAACUGCAAAUGGAGACUGGAGUCAGAAAUAAUAUAUAUUUUAUGAUGGUUUUGGCCUUAGUGAGAUUGCUGCUACCUGCUGUCAUGUCCCUUCCCUGAUGUUGUUUCAUGUUGAAAAUGUUUUUUAAAGUUUGUGUGAAGAUUUUGUAUUUUAUUCUCCUCAUAGAAGCUUCAAACUGUUUUGUUAAAAGCAGAAGAGGGGAAAAUGUUUGAAAAAAUAAAGACAGCUCUGUUUUGCUAAUUUGUAAGGCAAAAAAAGA